AUGGCUUCAACAUCUUUCCUACCCAAAACCAUCUCUCCUUUCCUCACUAACCCACCUUCACUUCCCUCAACUCACUUCACCACCAAACCAUCCUUUCUUAACCCACCAGCAGACCAUCUUGCAUGUACUAGAAAAUCAAGCAUUCUCACCCCCUCUGCAAAGAAAAAGAACCCAUGGAUUGACAUUUUUGAUGAUGGAGAGGACCCUGAUAUGGAAUAUGGCUCGUUGUUUGUAGAUGGCAAGCAAGAGGAAGAUACUAGGCCAGCUGAUAACCCCAACAACCCAUAUGGAUUCCUUAAGUUCCCAAAAGGUUUCAAUAUAGAGGUUGCUCAAUUGGGAUUGAAAAUUAGAGGUGAUAUUAGGAGGUGCUGUUGUAUGAUUUCUGGUGGUGUUUAUGAGAACUUGCUCUUCUUUCCUGUCAUUCAAAUGCUGAAAGACAGGUACCCUGGUAUUCUAGUGGAUGUGUUGGCAUCAGAUAGAGGGAAACAGUGUUAUGAGUUGAAUAAGAAUGUGAGAUGGGCAAAUGUUUAUGAUCCUGACGGUGAUCCUGAGCCAGCAGUUUAUACAGACAUGAUCGGAAUUCUUAAGAAUAGGUACUAUGACUCGAUCUUAUCAACCAAAUUGGCAGGGCUUGGCCAUGCAGCAUUCAUGUUUAUGUCGUCGGCUCGGGAUAAAGUUAGCUACAUAUACCCAAACGUGAAUGCAGCAGGAGCAGACCUGCUUCUAACAGAAACGUUCAAACCAGACAGCACGAAUCUUUCAGAAGGGGGUUACCACAUGUACCAUCAGAUGCUUGAUUGGCUAGGAAGAGCAUAUUACAAUGUGCCUAGACAACCAGUGCCUCCACUAAGAGUUUCGAUUUCAAGGAAGCUGAAAGAGUAUGUAGAGGCAAAAUAUAGGGCAGCUGGUGCAGAGAAAGGGAAAUAUAUUGUGAUUCAUGGUAUAGAAUCAGAUUCAAAGGCUUCAAUGCAGUCUAAGGGUGAUACUGAUAGCUUGCUACCUCUUGAAGUAUGGGAUAAAAUAACUGAUGAUAUAAGUGGACUUAAGCCAGUUUUUGUCAUUCCAAAUGAGAAAGAAAGGGAAAAUGUGGAGGAAAUAAUUUAUAAUGAAGAUAUCGGUAUUCUCUUCAUCACUACGCCAGGACAACUGGCAGCCCUCAUCAAUGAUUCCGCUGGGGUGAUUGCAACAAACACAGCAGCAAUCCAACUUGCAAAUGCACGCGAGAAACCUAGCAUUGCACUGUUUGGUUCUGAAGAGAAGGGCAAACUAUUUGUUCCCAAAGCAGAGGAGAAGAAAUGCACUAUUAUCUCAUCCAAAACUGGGAAACUAAUAGACAUAGAUGUAGGAGCUGUGAAACAGGCAUUGCAAAUUUUUGAUAUGUCCCUGGCUCUGGUCUAG